UGCUGGCCUCUCUGCCCCUCCUCAACCUUCUCUCUUCUCCUCUCGGUAUAUGGUUGCCAGCAUCCGGACACGUCAGCAGAGUGCCACCUCAGCAGUGACAUGUCAGCAGAGUGCCACCUCAUCACUGACACGUCAGCAGAGUGCCACCUCAGCAGUGACACGUCAGCAGGUGCCACAUCAGCAGUGACACAUCUUGAUGCGCCACAGCCAACGACUGGCCGAGCGCAGACCCGCAGGAGCCAAGCCACAACAGGGACUUAGGACCCCUCGGAUUCCGCGCAGGCCACGCACGACCAUGGCUGCUACCACUGACAACAGUGCACCAUCCAGCCCCAAGAGGCCGGUUACCCCUCCCCUCCCAGUUCAGCAGGCCGAUGAACCACUUCUAGUGUUCCUCGACCGCCUCCAGCACUAUUCGGAGACGACGGCAGCUGAACUGCACAAGUGGGAAGAGGAGGAAGCCGCCCCCCAGCAGGAAAUUCAACGCCAGCUGGCAGAGGCAGAGGCAGCACGUCAGCAGGCCGCAGCAGAAGCUGCAGCAGCCGCACGGUUGCAACAGCAGCAGGUUGAGGCAAGUCAAAACCAGGCUCGUUACCAAGCCACGAUGGACCUUGCUUGCGACGAAGCCAUGUACGCAAGGCUACUUCGACGACAGCAUUUCCAAGAGACCGAAGAACAAGAACAGCCAACCGACGAAGAAAGAGACAAGGAAGGGACAGCAGUUCGAAUGGAGACUUUGCUGUACAUGUGCAAUUGGCAGCAACGUGAACUGCUCGCCAUGCGGCAGGUCCUCAUCCGCCAUGAAACAACACUCAAGGCAAUGGACAAGAGGAUCGUGACCCUGAAGACCGAGAACAGCACACUACAUGCCGCCAACAGCCAGCAGCAGACGCUCAACAGCCAGCAGCAGACACUCAACCACCAGUUGCAGGCAGAUGUCAGCAUGGGGUUGGCACAACUGUCAGCAGCUGCGUCAACGGGCAGUGCAGCGGUAGACUGCAGCCCAGCUUUGGCCGCACAGGCCAAGCAACUCGAGGAGCGGAUCAACCACUUAGUCGCAUCCCUCGGCGACAUCAGCAAGUUUGCUGGAGCAUCGACAGUCAGCAAUCAGCUGCAGACGCUCAGCGACCGCGUUGACCAACGACCGGCCGCUGCCGCCAAGGAAUGGAAGAUGCCGAACUUCAAGAUCGAGAAGUUCGACGACUACNGACGCUCAGCGACCGCGUUGACCAACGACCGGCCGCUGCCGCCAAGGAAUGGAAGAUGCCGAACUUCAAGAUCGAGAAAGGCCGACGUACACCACACCCCACCACUACGGCGGCUUGACGCACUCUACCUCCAGCUCAUGGGAGGGGCGCAGGCCUUCAUGACGCACAUGGCGGUCACAUUCGAAUGCACCAUCGCCAACCUCCACACGAAGAUCACGUGGGAGGAAUUCGAGAAGAAAUGGAAGACUCGUUUCAUGGUCAACAACGACAAACGACACGCCAUGAACAAGAUCUUCCGCAUCUACCAAGGCCAGCAGACGUCACGGGAGUGGCUGACGGAGUGGCAAAGACUCGUCGCCACCCCGGAGUUGAACUUACCAUUCGACGCAAUCCGGGCCGAAUUGUUCGCCCGGUCAUGCGACGCCUUGACUGCUGCCUUGGGUACUGAGUUUCAGUAUGAGACCUUUGACGAUCUGAUCUCAAAGGCAAGAGAGCUUAUCCAAGUACCACCUCCGCCGACGAACGGCGGAGUAGCGGUUGUUGAUCUUUGUAACUAUCUUGCGAAGAUCGACCAUGAGUACGCAACGCAACGGUACGUCGACAAUGACGCGCCACUCCUCUACAUCCGCAUUCAGAUCGGAAAGGUGACCUGCAGUGCCUUGAUCGAUUGUGGAGCGACUCGCAACUACAUCAACCAAGACUUCAUGGCACGUGCCGGGCUUGGCCCGCGUGUUCGAAGGAAAAGUCAGCCUACGCACGUCACGUUGGCCGAUGGUUACACGCAAAAGUCAAUCGACCAAUGCGUUGACUCGGUGCCCGUGUACUUUGCCCCGCUAGCAUGCGAGGCCGUGUCUUUCGACAUAUUGGACACCAAGUUCGAUAUGAUCCUAGGCAUCUCGUGGCUGCAAAGCGAAGACCAUCCGGUGAACUUCCAUCGACGCACCCUUCACGUUCGUGAUCGGCGUGGCGAACUAGUCCCGUGUACGGUGGCACUUCCUCAUCCUUCGAUUGGUUGUCACGUGGUAUCCGCGGCGAGCAUUCGCCAAUCCAUCCCGCGGAACGACAUCGAGGAGAUGGGCAUAUGUUUUCUUCACGCCCUCCCACCCGGUGAUAAGCCCAAGACGGAUACGUCGGACCCACGCAUUAUUGAGCUGUUGGACAACUAUGAGGAUGUCUUCCAAGCUCCCGCCGGAGUCAUACCGGAUCGACCCAUACGCCACGGGAUCACUCUCGAGGACGGCGCCGUACCUCCGCACGGAGGUAUCUACCGCAUAAGCGAAGAGGAACUUCAAGUGCUUCAGGCACAACUAGACGACCUCUUGGCCAAAGGCUGGAUUCGCCCUAGCUGUUCGCCAUACGGUGCCCCCAUUCUCUUCGUCCGGAAGAAGAACAAGGACCUUCGUUUGUGCAUUGACUAUCGGAAACUUAACGCUCAAACGAUCAAGAACGCCGGCCCUCUCCCUCGGAUCGAUGAUCUUCUCAAGCGACUAGGCGGCGCCAAGUACUUCUCGAAGCUUGACCUCAAGUACGGAUAUCACCAGAUCGAGAUCCAACCAAGAGACCGGUACAAAACCGCGUUCAAGACACGAUAUGGGCACUUUGAGUGGAUCGUCAUGCCUUUCGGUCUCACCAAUGCCCCGGCUACUUUCCAAGCGGCCAUGACGACGGAAUUCCGCGACUUGCUCGACCGCACUGUACUCAUUUACCUCGAUGAUAUCUUGGUUUAUGGCCGAACACAGGACGAGCACCUCGAGCACCUUCGCGUCGUAUUGGAGUGGCUCCGCAUUGCCAAGUACAAGGCGAAUCGCGACAAGUGCGAGUUUGCCCAGCAAGAGCUGGAGUACUUGAGCCAUUACUCCCCCUUGGUGCCCUUCGAGUUCAACGACGAGGCUCGGCAUGCGUUUCACACGCUGAAGACUGCUUUGCUUCAAGCUCCCGUCUUAAGCAUCUAUGACCCGACAUUGCCCACCAAAGUGACUACGGAUGCUUCCGGUUAUGGCAUUGGCGCGGUUUUGGAACAGCAUGACGGCACAGACUGGCAUCCGGUUGAGUACUUCAGCCAAAAGGUGCCGCCCAUCAACACUCUUGAUGAUGCGAGGAAGAAGGAACUCCUAGCUUUUGUCACCGUACUUACGCGUUGGCGUCACUUUCUCCUCGGGCGUUGGCGAUUCACGUGGGCAACGGACAACAAUCCGUUGACGUAUUACAAGACACAAGACACGGUGAGCAGCACGAUCGGUCGAUGGAUGUACUUCAUUGACCAGUUCGACUUCACCUCCAAGCACAUUUUGAGCUCCUCGAACAAGGCAGCGGAUGCUCUCUCGCGAAGACCUGAUCUUUGCGCCUUGGUGCACUCCACAUUCGGCCUCGACGAGAACCUGCAACAGCAUUUCAUAAAUGGCUACAAGUCGGAUCCGGGAUUCUCCACAGUCUAUGCAGACUUAUCAUCGGAUCAACCGCCAGCAAGCAACUACUGCAUUGUCGACGGUUACUUGCUUCUUCACACACGAGGCAAGGACUUGUUGUGUGUUCCCAGGACCGCAUCUUGCGCACUUGCCUCCUUGGCGAAUACCAUGAUUCGCGGCUGGCAGGACACCUUGGCGUCGCACGCACACUAGCACGACUCCGCCAGCGAUUUCACUGGUCGGACAUCAUCAGCGACGUUAACCGGUAUAUUCAGUCAUGUGCAGUUUGCCACCGGAACAAAGGGCGCCAUCAGCU